AUGUAUAUACCAGGAGCGUCAGAAAAGCUAACAUGCGCCCGACUUCAAAGAGUACUAUCAAAUGAAUCAGUCUUUGUCUUAGUUUUCGAGAUGUCGGAAUUCCAUCGAUCUUCACUCAUGGGUCUUCUGGAAAAAAUGUAUUGGUUGCACCUCGAUACUUCUGUACUAACAAUACCUGGCCCGCUGUCUGUUAAAUACGUCGUCAGAAUAAACAAGUUCAUCUACUUCAGAGGGUCACAAAAGCAAGUCCACCGCCAUUUUGUCGCUCACAGCACCGACAUUGACCCGCUACAACACAACGCUUCCGGAUCUCAGCACGCAUCGUUGACCACAUCCUGCUACCUACAACUUCAGAAGAGCAAUGACCCAUCCCGUCCUCGCUCUCGUCACCAUCGGGCUCUCGAUAUGCAUCGUCCUGCGCUGGCAGUCAACGGGCCCCUGGACGGACUUCCUCCAGCUUAUCAUCCUCGCCGCACUCUCCAUGAAGGUCCUGGCUUGGAUAAUCUGGGCCUCAUUCUGGGAGGGCUGGGAGUGGGUGGAAGAUGAUGACGAUGAAUAUGAAGACGAGGAGAGAGAAAUAAGAGACUACUGGCGUAGGAGGGAUGAGGAGGAAAUGAGUUGGAUGGUGGGAAGCGUGAUAGAAGGGGAGGAAGGAGAAUAAAUGAAAUUGGAGUGGUAUAACUUUGGUUUGUGUGUGUGUAUGAACAGGGUUAGCAAUUCGAGUAGACUCAUGAGUUUGAAACCAUACUCAACUCAUUGAGUUGAGUUUAGAC